UAAAUGCCAUUCAGAGACGAGAUCAUACAUCGUCAGACAGUCAGGGGCCAUGUUGUUUGCUGGCUAGGUAGUUGCGACGCGUUAGCUAGCUAACUUUAAACGUUAGUCAAGCGAAGAGCUUGCUAACCUGAUAAUUUGUAGUGGUUAUUCGAUAUCAUGAAACUAGCCAAUUCACACAUGGUUGUAACCUGUAAUUUGCUAUUGAGACAGGAUGGCAGCAGACUGGUUGGGUAGUCAGGUGUCAAUAAACUGUGGAGAAACUCUAGGCGUGUAUCAAGGAGAAGUGUCAUCGGUGGACCAGUCCAGCCAGACCAUUUCUCUCCGGCAGCCAUUCCACAAUGGAGUCAAGUGCCCUGUCCCAGAGGUUACGUUCAGUGCCAUGGACAUCAAGGAGCUCAAGCUCUUGCACAUAGUAAGUAGCAAAGAUGGUAUGGGUCUGAAGAGCAGUGCUCCAGUUGCAGUCCCUCGCCAAGGAGACUACAACACCUCAGAGACGUUGGCGUCACCUCAGCAGCAGUGCUCUAAAAGCUUUGGAGACAAACACUUGGAGGUGCCAGGCCAGCCCAAGGCCUUCAGACGGAGACACAACUCCUGGUCGUCCAGUAGUCGAGGCGCCAACCAGGUCACCCCCAAGAAGAAUGGAGUGAAGAAUGGAGGGGUGGGCCAGAGACAACACAGGGAUGACGAGUGUUUCGGGGACGAUGUGGAUGAUAGGCUGGACAUGGACUUUGACUUUGAGGGCAACCUGGCACUGUUCGACAAAGCCGCUGUGUUCUCGCAGAUCAACGGGUCGGAUCGGCGCGGCAACGGGGCCCGGUCGCGUGGUACGCCGCAGGACCACACAACGUUGCAGUACCGCCACGAUGAGAACAUUCUACAGGCCCGGCCAGUGGUGUACCGGCAGAUAGCAGUCCCUCAGCCCGGACCUCAGGAGUACUGCACUGAUUCGGGUCUGGUAGUGCCCAGCAUUUCCUACGAGCUGCGCACACGCCUGUUGUCUGUGGCUGAGCGUCAUGGCCUGUCACUGGAGAGGAGGCUGGAGAUGACUGGUGUCUGUGCCAGUCAGAUGGCUCUAACUCUAUUGGGCGGACCCAACAGACUGACUCCUAAGAAUGUCCACCAGCGUCCUACAGUAGCGGUCCUCUGUGGGCCCCACGUCCAGGGGGCCCAGGGCAUCAGCUGUGGUCGUCACCUGGCCAACCACGAGGUGGAGGUCAUCCUCUUUCUUCCAAACUUUGUCAAGAUGCUGGACGCUGUCGCCGGCGAGCUCACCCUCUACGGCAAGACUGAGGGCAAACACGUGUCCAGCAUUAAAGAGCUGCCUGACAGCCCUGUUGACCUGAUCAUCAACUGCCUGGACUGUCACGAGAACACGUUCCUGAUGGACCAGCCAUGGUACCGGGCGGCUGCUGACUGGGCCAACCAGAACCGGGCUCCGGUGCUCAGCCUGGACCCUCCGGUCGGCGGGCAGGGCCAAGCCGUGGAGGCCAAAUGGACCUUAUCCCUCGCCCUGCCGCUGCCACUGACGGAGGGGGCUGGCCGGGUCUAUCUGUGUGACAUCGGUGUUCCGCGACAGGUGUUCCAGGAAGUGGGGAUCGAGUAUCAUUCGCCGUUCGGGUGCAAGUUUGUGGUGCCUUUGCACUCUGCAUAACCAGGCUGUUAUUCACCAAACUGUGAAGGAAACUAAAACAGGAAGAAGGGACUUUCUGAACAACACUUUGCAUUUGUUUAUUUUAUUUUUUAAACAUUCUGCCCAAAUGAAUAUUUCCUUUAUACUGCCACGGUGUUGGACCCUCGGAUUGAAAGAAAAACUGUCCAAAAUAAAUGGGAGUUUAACGCAGUAUCUGAACCUGCUCAUUGAGAAGAGCCUGUCAGAGUAAUCACAUGGACACAAUUCAGAUUGCACCGGAGCAAGCCUUAUUCUCCAGCAUGAAUCUGUUUUUUUUCUCUAAUGCGGUUGCACAAUGUAUUUCGAAAGACAUUCAAUUGUCUCCAGUGUGUAACAGCACCUCUCCUGGACUGAGACGUGGGGCGACUUGUCCGAGGCCAUGGCCGUAGUAGGUCCCAAAAGACGGACAGUCUCUCGGGGGUUGUUGGGCCCAAAAACAAAGAGCCACACUGAGUGGUAUAACAUUUCUGACUCAAUGAGACCAACUCCAGUCUUGGUCCGCUGAUUGGGCUUAACAUUGUACGGGGUUGUCCCAGGGGAAUGCAUUUGCAGUGCUGAAGACGGAGAAGGUGGAUUUUGAUGCAGACCUGUUAACAUCAACCUGACAAGACAGGAGGGGAACGUUCGGUGAACAGAGAAGUCUACCAGCCUGCAUCAAAUCCGCCUCUCACUUUCCCUCUUUGACUUUGGAGCAGUUGUCGUCUCUUCAUGUCUGCUGUUUUUGUCUUAUGUCUGUUCAGUGUUUAGGAUGUUAAACGCUGUUGCCGAGACGUUUGAUUUAGUAGAAUGUCAUGGUAUGCCAUGUUGGCAUGAUGUCACAUUAUGAUGAUACCACAUUAUGAUGAUGUCACAAUGGCUGAUGAAAGGGUGACUCAGUUCACUCUGUCUCUGAUGUCAUAGUAGUUACUGCAGGAUGUACGCCAAAUUCCAAUACCAGUUUAAAUAUCCUAAUUGGUAAGCAUGCUGGCUGGAACAGUGGGGUGUUAGGUCCUACAAUAUUGUUAAUAAACAAAAGUGUAGUCACGGACACCAAUGCUAGUCCAUUGUCACAGUGUUAUUAAGAAGUAUGUCUGUGAGACCACCAACUGCGGGGAAUUCAUAGGCACAGAUUCAACAACUUCAUGUUCCCGCUUGUGUGAGGUUGUGAAUAAACAAUCAUUCAAGAUGUUA